GCGUCGAGAAAAAGCUACGAUUUGUGUUUCUCAUUUACAGCAUUUUUCUCUUUGUGUGUUUCUUCGUCGUUUAGGUUCCGGAGAAGACAAUCCGGUGCCAGGGAGAGAGAACCUUUGAUUCGUUUUGUAGUUUGUUUCGACCUUUUUCGUGUUUUAUCUACCGGAAUUAGCAACUUUCUCUGUGUGUGUGUGUGUGUGUGUGUGAGUUUCUUAAGAGAGGUCAGAAACAAUGAUUGGGUUAUUCAAGGUAAAGGAAAAGCAAAGAGAACAAGCUCAAAAUGCUACUAGAGGUGGUGCUUCUGUCAAGAAGCAAUCUGCUGGUGAACUUCGUCUUCACAAAGAUAUAUCGGAGUUGAACCUUCCGAGCUCUUGUACGAUAUCUUUUCCUAAUGGCAAAGAUGAAUUGAUGAACUUUGAAGUUUCCAUUAAACCUGAUGAUGGUUACUACCAAAAUGGUACGUUUGUGUUCACAUUCCAAGUCUCUCCUGUGUAUCCGCAUGAAGCUCCUAAAGUCAAAUGCAAAACCAAAGUUUAUCAUCCAAAUAUCGAUUUGGAAGGAAACGUUUGCCUCAACAUCUUGCGUGAAGACUGGAAACCGGUUCUUAACAUAAACACAGUUAUCUAUGGACUCUUCCAUCUUUUCACGGAGCCCAAUUCCGAAGAUCCUUUGAACCAUGAUGCAGCAGCAGUUUUAAGGGAUAACCCGAAGCUGUUUGAGACCAAUGUGCGGAGGGCCAUGACCGGUGGAUAUGUCGGUCAAACCUUUUUCCCUCGCUGUAUCUAACAAGCUUUGGUUCUUCUUCUCAAGCAAAAAGAUAAGAACCAAACUCUCUAUCCGCCAUUGUAUUGCUUCUUCUCAAGGACACUCGUUUGUUUGUUUGAUCUUGUAAAAUUACAUUCCAUGUAAAAGAAACCCUUUUCCUUAGAUCAAAAUCUUGUUCGUGAGAAUUUGAUAAAAGGAGACUGAAAGGAACUGGAAACUCAAAAAUCUGGGUUGUAUAACACGUGUUUGAUCUUUGUCA